UUUCCCCCGUCAGGAACCAGCUGUGAGCGAGCCGAACGCGAGAGCAUCAUCACGCUAGCGGGAGCGGGAGGGGGAUGCUGUUCUUCCUCUGUGGAUAUCGCAGUCUCUGACGCCCUGGGAUGAAGGAUUACAACAGCAUUGCACAAACAGCACACCCUCGUCUUUACCAAAUUGUCGAAAACCUAAACGUGGAGAUAGAGCACGAGCUGGGGGCAAACUUGGACUGUUUAUUGUUUGUGCUGUGUUGUCCCGAGCUUCGAACCAUUCUGUUACCAGUGGAAGUGGAAACGGAUUACUGCAUGAUCUUCUAUCACCAUAGUGGUGAUAAAGUAUGGUAGAAGCAUUUCAGACCUAUCCUGAAAGUAUGUCAUCAGUGGCUUUGUUUGGGCUAGUAAGAACGAUAUUAGCCUUUCCUCGAUAAUAUUAUGGUUAUAAAUGAUUGCAGCCUUUCUAUUGUGUACGGUAGAAAGAGAUGUCAUCUGCCACAAUUUGCAGGCGCGUGCACACGACUGUUUCGUGUUUAGUCAUCCCGUAGUCGACUUUUAACAGCGCUGGCUAGACAAUUGGACAUUGUUAAAGAGUGCACCAUCUAAAGGCAUGAUUAGUUCACCCCGCCAACUGUUUAUUUACCACCUAAAACGAGACAUUUUAUUAUAAUCAAACCACGUAGUAGUAAGGAGGCCACCUCCUAAGAAAAACGCCACAAUUCCACAAUGGGCAGGGAUGGAGGAAUUAUGCAUCUAUGCACUUUAACAAAGUUUUUAAUUACUGGACCCCACAAUGUCAGAAGAUGUUUAGUGGCAUUCCUUAUGUUUUACUUGGUGCUCUUCACGGAAGCCUCGACGUCGAAGACGUGUGACAAAAACUGCUUCUCUGGGAAAUGUGUCAAUGGUACCUGCGUCUGUGACCAAGGCUGGGUCGGAGACCAAUGUCAACAUUGUCAGGGAAGAUUCAAGCUAACAGAACCGUCAGGUUUGAUCACAGAUGGACCAAUCAACUACAAGUAUAAGACCAAGUGCACCUGGCUGAUCGAGGGCUACCCCAACGGCGUCCUCAGGCUGCGCUUCAACCACUUUGCCACGGAGUGCAGCUGGGACCACAUGUACGUGUACGGGGACUCCAUCUACGCUCCCCUCAUCGCUGUGUUUAGUGGUCUGGUGGUCCCGGAGAGAAGAGGGAACGAGACCGUUCCUGAGGUGGUGGCUACAUCCGGCUUCGCACUGCUGUACUUCUUCAGUGACGCCGCCUACAACCUGACUGGCUUCAACAUGCAGUACUCGAUCAACUCGUGUCCCAACAACUGUUCGGGCCACGGCAAGUGCAGCGUGGCCAACUCCAUCUCCAGCCGCGUGUACUGCGAGUGUGACAAGUACUGGAAGGGAGGAGCCUGUGACAUGCCCUACUGCCGUGACAACUGCGGCAGCCCCGACCACGGCUACUGCGAACUCACGGGAGAGAAGCUGUGUGUCUGCAACGAUAGCUGGCAAGGUCCAGACUGCUCCUUGUCGGUGCCGUCCACAGAGUCCUACUGGGUCCUGCCCAACGUCAAGCCCUCGUCAGGGCAGUCCCUGGGGAGAGCGUCUCACAAGGCCCUGGUCCACGGCAGGCUGAUGUGGGUGGUGGGGGGCUACGCCUUCAACUACACGGCCUUCCACACUCUGCUCAAUUAUAACCUGGAGAGCACCACCUGGGAUGUGGUUCCUGUCAGUGGUGGACCCCUGCAGAGAUACGGCCACUCACUGGUCCUACUCCAGAGGAGCCUGCCUGUCUUCAGGUCCAUACUUCUGAGACAGUCGUGUGACGAGUGGUCCGUCCUCCCCAGACCAGACCUUCACCGGGAUGUGAACCGUUUCGGACACUCUGCCGUCAUCAGCAACGGUUCCAUGUUUGUGUUUGGCGGGUUUUCCGGCGUGCUGCUGAACGAUGUGCUGGCCUACACCCCCGCCUCCUGCCACGCCUUCUACGACUCGCACCGCUGUGCCGGCGCCGGGCCCGGGCUGCGCUGCGUCUGGGCCAAGGGGCGCUGUGGCCCCUGGAACAGCCGCCUCGCCAACGGGACCCUGCCUGCCCCGCUGUGUCCACCCCGCUCCAACAGCACGGACGAGCGGUGUUUCCGGUUCUCAGACUGCGUGAGCUGCACGGCCAACACUCACGGCUGCCAGUGGUGCGAGGACAAGAAGUGCAUCUCUGCCUCCAGCAACUGCACCGUGGUACGCCUGGAGCUAGCCCAGAACCACAGGGGUCCUCUCUCGCUCCCUCCCCCCUCCAUGCUGUCUGAACACCAGCUCUCUGUGUGGAAGCAGGGGGGGCGCAGAAUAGGACAGUCUGUGAGUAACUACACCAGGUGCCAAGUGAGGGAGGAACAGGUGUGUGCUAAACUGGCCAAUUGCAGGAGCUGCUCCCUCAACCUCAACUGUCAAUGGGAGGUCCAGCACCUGGAGUGUCACGCCUUACCUGCCCAGCUUUGUGGGGAAGGCUGGCACCAUGUUGGGGAGGCCUGCCUGAGGAUCAACUCCAGCAGGGAGAGUUAUGACAACGCUCAGCACUACUGCAAGAACCUGGAUGGGAACAUCGCCUCUCUCACCACAGAGAAGCAGGUGGACUUUGUCCUGGAGGAGCUAGCUAAGCACCAGCUACAAAACAAGAAGUUGGCACCGUGGGUGGGUCUGAGGAAGAUCAACAUCUCGUACUGGGGCUGGGAGGACUCCUCCCCCUUCACCAACAACAACCUGCGCUGGCUGGAGGGCGAGCCCAGCGACUCGGGGUUCUGUGCCUACCUGGAGCGGGCGCCGGCCGCAGGCCUCAAGGCCAACCCCUGCACCGCUACCACCGACGGACUCAUCUGUGAGAAACCAGUCGUGAGCCCCAACCAGAGUGCUCGCCCCUGUCGGAUCCCGUGCGCGCUGCGCACCAGCUGUGCCAACUGCACCAGCCAGGCCAUGGAGUGCAUGUGGUGCAGCAGCACCCAGCGCUGCGUGGACUCCAACGCCUACGUCAUCUCCUUCCCCUUCGGACAGUGUCUGGAGUGGCAGACCGGCGACUGUCUGGCUCAGAACUGUUCCGGCCUGAGGACAUGUGGUCAGUGUUUGGAGCAGGUUGAGUGUGGGUGGUGCGGGGACCCUUCGAACACAGGCAGAGGCGUGUGUAACGAGGGCUCCUUCAGGGGCCCCAUGAAGACCCCCCCCAGGCCCGGCAGGGAGAGGGACUGGGCCUGGGGGAGGCACAUGGCCCUGGAGCCCGCCAUGUGCCCGUCAGAAAAAGGCUUCGACUGGGCCUACGUCCACUGCCCUGCCUGCCAGUGCAACGGCCACAGCACCUGCGUGAACGGCAGCGUCUGCGAGCAGUGUCGCAACCUCACCAGCGGACCACAGUGCCAGACCUGCAUGCCCGGUUUCUAUGGAGACCCCACCAACGGCGGAAAGUGCCACGCCUGCAAGUGCAACGGCCAUGCCAACCUGUGCCAGGUGACCACAGGAAAAUGCUUCUGUACCACCAAGGGGGUGAAGGGAGACCAGUGCCAACUGUGUGACUCCGAGAACCGUUACCUUGGCAACCCUCUCAGAGGAACGUGCUACUAUAACCUGCUGAUAGACUACCAGUUCACCUUCAGCCUGCUCCAAGAGGAUGAUCACCACUACACAUCCAUCAACUUCAUGGCCUCGCCUGAACAGAGCAACAAGAAUCUUGAUAUGUCCAUCAAUGCAUCCAACAACUUCAACCUCAACAUCUCCUGGUCCAUCGGCUCAACAGCUGGCACAAUCUCAGGUGAAGAGGUGCACAUUGUGUCCAGGACCAACAUUAAGGAACACAGAGACAGUUUCUCCUGUGAGAAAUUCAACUUCCGCCUCAACCCCAACACCACCUUCUAUGUCUAUAUCAGCAACUUCACCUGGCCAAUCAAGAUCCAGAUUGCCUUCUCCCAGCACAACAGCAUCAUGGACCUGGUCCAGUUCUUCGUCACAUUCUUCAGCUGUUUCCUGUCCCUGCUGCUGGUGGCAGCGGUGGUGUGGAAGAUCAAACAGACCUGCUGGGCCUCGCGCAGGAGAGAGGCUGUAAACACUGUCUCCGUGCCAACCGUCGCCCUGGCCAGCGGGGAGGAGGCACGGACGGAGAGACAGUCAUGCCCAAGCCCAUCCGCCGUGGAGCCCUGCUGGGGAAGCAAAGCUGGCGUUCUGACCGUCCUCUUGUGUUUACCCAGAGUUCCAUCGGGUAUACCGCCUCCAGGACAAUCUGGCAUAGCUAUAGCCAGCGCUCUGGUGGACACCUCGCAGCAGAGACCAGGAGACAUCAAAGACAGGCACCUGGGCCUCAAGAUCCGCAAACCACACACGGUGCAUCACCAGGGACCUGCGUUUAAACCCGCCUGACCGCAACCGCAACCACGCCACGCCUGUCAGACCCAAUUCUGAGGUCGCUUCUCUACGCGAACGCUCUCUGAACUCUUGUGUAGAUAACUUCCAGAAGCUUCUUAUCCGUCAUUUGUGGAAUUGGUUGAGGUGCGGUUUAAGUGACCUGUGCCUCUUCACCUCAUGCCGGGGGUGGAGUUCAUCUCAGAGAGACAUUUCUCUGAUAGGCCUGAAAUCAGACAAGUCCCGCUCAGGUUGACGAGGCUUUGUCGUCAUUGGUCCCUCCGGUCCCAGAGUAGAACCACUCCACAGGAAACGCAGGAGCAGAUUUCCAGAAGUCUCUGGGAAGGUGCAGCAUGGACUUCAGUGUGUACAGUAGCAUCCUGGACUGAGAAGAAGUGGACGGCUUACCUCCCCGUUUCAUAUCAGAUACAUUAAGAAUACAAAAUGGCUCCUCUGUUUUUGUUUUUUUAUGUGGCUUGGACAACUAAAUGCCUGUGAUCCUCCUCGCCCCAUACACUGAGCUGUAUAAGCCUUGCAGUUCUAACAAGUUCUGCUCAGGAUUCUGUAGGAAAAGGGUACUAUGUUCUAAAGCUGGGUUCCAUAUUCAUGUCUGUGUGCGCUGAUAGAAAUACAAAACAGGAAUAUAACUGCUACAUCAAUGUUUUUAACUUCAGGUAUUUGUAAUACCAAUAUAAAGCUGUUUCAUACCAGCAACAUAUCCGCGUCAUAUCACCAGAUCUGUCACCAGAUCUGUGAAGAUGUUUUAACAUAUGCUUAGUUUUUUCUGCAAAAAACUGUGUCAGUAAACAUAUCAUUGCGCAUGUGUUUAUUUAAGAUUCAUGAAUUUAUUUACAAUUUCAAUUGCAUUUUGUAUACUGUUUUAUUUUGCUGUUGUGUGUUGUAAAACUGUAAUAUUGACAAGGGCAUAUAGGUUCAAAACUACACCUAACUUCUGUAGCUUUACAAACUCCCACUUCUUUCUGUGCAGUGUUUAUUAAGCCAACACCAGAUCCUCCAUCUCACCUGUACAAUAUGUGCACUGUAUCACUCAAAGGGUUAUUGCUAUUUUGUUUUUACCGUUGCAAAAAAUGUUGAAUGUUUGUUUACAUGUUUAGAUGAGUAGGCGUCCUUUGUUAAAAUGUUUGUUCUAAGCAUUCUACAGUAUAUGUUCAUAAUAAUUUAGUUCUUUCCUGGCAUGGGUGUGGAUGUAUAAAUGCCACACUUUAACUUGUGAAUACAGUCAGAAAUGUAUAAAUGUAAAGUAAACGAAUGAAUUCCAUGUAAUGUAUUUUACACAGAUUUGUUGAACUUUGUAUUACAGAAGGGCAGCUCACAACUGUUAUGUGCAUAUGAGCACAAAUAUGCAAAGUUAUUAAACAUUUUGAUGCUUCUUCAUA